AUGAAAGUAACUCUUUCAUCAGAUGGUGAGAUGAAAGUAACUCUUUCAUCAGAUGGUGAGAUGAAAGUAACUCUUUCAUCAGAUGUGAGUUUCCCUGUCAUCGCCAGUGUGGGGCACGGGCUCAUUUUCCUCAUGUACUUGCCUCCCUUCCCCCUCAUCCCUCUGCUGGUCAGGGCCAAGGCUUUCGACCUUGACCUGCCCGCCCCAUUCUCCCGCUUUCCAUCAGCCCGCCCCAUUCUCCCGCUUUCCAUCACCCCGCCCCAUUCUCCCGCUUUCCAUCACCCCGCCCCAUUCUCCCACUUUCCAUCACUCCGCCCCAUUCUCCCGCUUUCCAUCACCCCGACCCAUUCUCCCACUUUCCAUCACCCCGCCCCAUUCUCCCUCCUUCCAUCACCCCGCCUCAUUCUCCCUCCUUCCAUCACCCCGCCCCAUUCUCCCGCUUUCCAUCACCCCGCCCCAUUGUCCCGAUUUCCAUCACUUAGCCCCAUUCUCCCGCUUUCCAUCAUCACGCCCCAUUUUUUCGCUUUCCAUCACCCCGCCCCAUUCUCCCGCUUUCCAUCACCCUGCCCCAAUCUCCCGCUUUCCAUCACCCCGCCCCAUUCUCCCUCCUUCCAUCACCCGCCCCAUUCCCCGCUUUCCAUCACCCUGCCCCAUCUCCGCUUUCCAUCACCCCACCCCAUUCUCCCUCCUUCCAUCACCCCGCCCCAUCCUCCCGCUUUCCAUCACCCCGCCCCAUUCUCCCGCUUUCCAUCACCCAGCCCCAUUCUCCCGCUUUCCAUCACCCCGCCCCAUUCUCCCGCUUUCCAUCACCCCGCCCCAUUCUCCCGCUUUCCAUCACCCGCCCCAUUCUCCCUCCUUCCAUCACCCCGCCCCAUUCUCCGCUUCCCCCUUCCAUCACCAGCCCAUUUUCCCGCUUUCCAUCACCCAGCCCCACCCUCCGCUUUCCCACACCCCCCCCCCAUUCUCGCGCUUUCCAUCACCCCACUCCCCCCCCACCCCCCCCUUCCAUCACCCGCCCAUUCUCCCUCUUCCAUCACCCCGCCCCAUUCUCCCUCUUCAUCACACCCGCCCCAUUCUCCUCCGCUUUCCACACAUCGCCCCAUUCUCCCGCUUUCCAUCAUCCCGCCCCUUCCCCCCCAUUCUCCUCACCCCCCCCCCAUCUCCUCCCACCCACCAUCAUCUCCCGCUUUCCAUCACUCCGCCCAUUCUCCCUCCUUCCAUCACCCCGCCCCAUUCUCCCUCCUUCCAUCACCCCGCCCCAUUCUCCCGCUUUCCAUCACCCCGCCCCAUUCUCCUGCUUACCAUCACCCGUCCCAUUCUCCCGCUUUCCAUCACCUCGCCCCAUCUCCCGCUUUCCAUCACCCCGCCCUAUUCCUUCUGCUUUCCAUCACCCGCCCCAUUCUCCUGCUUCUCCAUCCCCCCGCCCCACCCAUUCCCGCUUUCCAUCACCCCGCCCCAUUCUCCCGCUUUCCAUCAGCCCGCCCCAUUCACCGCCCAUUCUCCGGCUUUCCAUCACCCCGCCCCAUUCUCCCUCUUUCCAUCACCCCCCCCCCCCUUCCCUCCCCCCCCCCCACUCCCGCCCCUUCUCCCUCUUUCGAUCACCCCGACCCAUUCUCCCGCUUUCCUUCACCCCGCCCCAUUCUUCCCUCUUUCAUCACCCCGCCCAUUCUCCCUCUAUCCCUCACCCCACCCAAUCUUCUCUGUCCAUCACCCCGCUCCAUUCUCUUGUUUUCCAUCACCCCGCCCAAUUCUCCCUCUUCCCAUUACCCCUCCCCAUUCUCCCUCUUUCCAUCACCCGCCCCAUUCUCCCGCUUUCCAUCACCCCGCCCCAUUCUCCCUCUUUCCAUCCCCGCCCCAUUCUCCUGCUUUCCAUCACCCUGCCCCAUUCUCCCUCUUUCCAUCACCCCGCUCCAUUCUCCUGCUUUCCAUCACCCCGCCCCAUUCUCCCGCUUUCCAUCACCGCGCUCCAUUCUCCCACUUUCCAUCACCCGCCCCAUUCUCCCGCUUUCCAUCACCCCGCCCAUUCUCCCUUUCCAUCACCCCGCCCCAUUCUCCCUCUUUCCAUCACCCGCCCCGUUCUCCCGCUUUCCAUCACCCUGCCCUAUUCUCUGUCUUUCCAUCACCCCGCCCCAGUCUCCACUUUCAAUCACCCCGCCCAGUUCUCCCGCUUUCCAUCACCCCGCCCCAUUCUCCCCCUUUCCAUCACCCCGCCCCAUUCUCCCACUUUCUAUCACCCCGCCCCAUUCUCCCGAUUUCCAUCACCCCUCCCCAUUGUCCCACUUUCCAUCACCCCGCCCCAUUCUCCUCUUUGCAUCAGCCCGCCCCAUUCUCCCUCUUUCCAUCACCCCGCCCCAUUCUCCCGCUUUCCAUCACCCCGCCCCAUUCUCCCGCUUUCCAUCACCCCGCCCAUUCUCCCGCUUUCCAUCACCCCGCUCCAUUCUCCCGCUUUACAUCACCCCGCCCAAUUCUCCCUCUUCCCAUUACCCCUCCCCAUUCUUCCUCUUCCAUCACCCGCCCCAUUUCCCGCUUUCCAUCACCCCGCCCCAUUCUCCCUCUUCCAUCACCCGCCCCAUUCUCCCGCUUUCCAUCACCCCGCCCCAUUCUCCCUCUUUCCUUCACCCCGCCCCAUUCUCCCUCUUUCCAUCACCCCGCCCCAUUCUCGCCUUCCAUCUCCCCGCCCCAUUCUCCCUCUUUCCACCACCCCGCUCCAUCUCCCGCUUUCCAUCACCCGCCCCAUUCUCCGCUUUCCAUCACACCCGCUCCAUUCUCCCUCUUUCCAUCACCCCGCCCCAUUCUCCCGCUUUCCAUCACCCCGCCCAUUCUCCCUCUUUCCAUCACCCCGCCCCGUUCUCCCGCUUUCCAUCACCACGCCCCAUUCUCCCUCUUUCCAUCACCUCGCCCCAUUCUCCCACUUUCCAUCACCCCGUCCCAUUCUCCCGCUUUCCAUCACCCCGCUCCAUUCUCCCGCUUUCCAUCACCCUGCCCAAUUCUCCCUCUUUAAUCACCUCUCCCUAUUCUCCCUCUUUCCAUCACCCGCCCCAUUCUCCCGCUUUCCAUCACCCGCCCCACUCUCCCGCUUUCCAUCACCCGCCCCAUUCUCCCGCUUUCCAUCACCCCGCCCCAUUCUCUCGCUUUCCAUCACCCCGCCCAAUUCUCCUCUUUCCAUCACCCCGCCCCGUUCUCCCGCUUUCCAUCGCCCCGCCCUUUUCUCUCGCUUUCCAUCACCCCGCCCCAUUCUCCCCCUUUCCAUCACCUUGCCACAUUCUCCGCUUUCCAUCACCCCGCCCCAUUCUCCCUCUUUCCAUCACCCCGCCCUCCCGCCCCAUUCUCCCUCUUUCAUCACCCCGCCCCAUUCUCCCGCUUUCCAUCACCCCGCCCCAUUCUCCCGCUUUCCAUCACCCCGCCCCAUUCUCCCUCUUUCCAUCACCCUGCCCAUUCUCCCUCUAUCCAUCACCCCCGCCCAAUUCUCCCGCUUUCCAUCACCCCGUCCCAUCUCCCGCUUUCCAUCACCCCACCAUUCUUUGCUUUCCAUCACCCCACCCCAUCCUCCCUCUUUCCAUCAACCCGCCCCAUUCUCCCGAUUUCCAUCACCCCGCCCCUUCCCCGCUUUCCAUCACCCCGCCCCAUUCUCCCGCUUUCCAUCAUCCCGCCCCAUUCUCCCGCUUUCCAUUACCCUGCCCCAUUCUCCCUCUUUCCAUCACCCGCCCCAUACUUCCUCUUUCCAUCACCCGCCCCAUUCUCCCGAUUUCCAUCACCCCGCCCCAUUCUCCUGAUUUCCAUCACCCGCCCCAUUCUCCCUCUUUCCAUCACCCCGCCCCAUUCUCCCUCUUUCCAUCACCCCGCCCCACUCUCCCGCCUUCCAUCACCCCGCCCAAUUCUCCCUCUUUCCAUCACCCCGCCCCAUUCUCCCUCUUUCCAUCACCCUGCCCCAUUCUCCUGCUUUCCAUCACCCCGCCCAUUCUCCCUCUUUCCAUCACCCCGCCUCAUUCUCCCUCUUUCCGUCACCCCGCCCCAUUCUCCCGCUUUCCAUCACCCCCGCUAUUUUCCCUCUUUCCAUCACCCCGCCCCAUUCUCCCGCUUUCCAUCACCCCGCCCCAUUCUCUCGCUUUCCAUCAUCCCGCUCCAUUGUCUCGCUUUCCAUCACCCUGCCCAUUGUCCCGCUUUCCAUCACCCCGCCCCAUUCUCCCGCUUUCCAUCACCCCGCCCCAUUUUCCCGCUUUCCAUCACCCCCCAUCCCCAUUCUCCCGCUUCCCAUCACCCCACCCCGUUCUCCCGCUUUCCAUCACCCCGCCCCGUUCUCCCGUUUCCAUCACCCCGCCCCGUUCUCCCUCUUUCCAUCACCCCACCCCAUUCUCCCGUUUUCCAUCACCCCUCCCCAUUCUCCCUCUUUCCAUCACCCCGUCCCAUUCUCCCUCUUUCCAUCACCCCGCCCCAUUCUCCCGCUUUCCAUCACCCCGCCCCAUUCUCCUGCUUUCCAUCACCCAGCUCCAUUCUCCCGCUUUCCAUCACCCGCCUAAUUCUCCCUCUUUCCAUCACCCUCCCCAUUCUCCCUCUUUCCAUCACCCCGCCCCAUUCUCCCGCUUUCCAUCACCCCGCCCCAUUCUCCCGCUUUCCAUCACCCCAAGCCAUUCUCCCUCUUUCCAUCACCCCGCCUCAUUCUCCCGCUUUCCAUCACCCCGCCCCAUUCUCCCGCUUUCCAUCACCCCGCCCCAUUGUCCCUCUUUCCAUCACCCCGCCCUAUUCUCCCUCUUUCCAUCACCCUGCCCCAUUCUCCCUCUUUCCAUCACCCCACCCCAUUCUCCCGCUCUCAAUCACCCCGCCCAUUCUCCCCCUUUCCAUCACCCUGCCCCAUUCUCCCGCUUUCCAUCACCCCGUCCCAUUCUCCCGCUUUCCAUCAACCCGCCCCAUUCUCCCUCUUUCCAUCACCCCGCCCUAAUCUCCCUCUUUCCAUCACCUGACCCAUUCUCCCGCUUUCCAUCACCCCGCCCCAUUCUCCCGCUUUCCAUCACCCCGCCCCAUUCUUCCGCUUUCCAUCACCCCGCCCCAUUCUCCUCUCUUUCCGUCUCCCCGCCCCAUUCUCCCUCUCUCCAUCACCCCGCCCCAUUCUCCCGCUUUCCAUCACCCCGCCCCAUUCUCCCGCUUUCAAUCACCCCGCCCCAUUCUUCCGCUUUCCAUCACCCUGCCCCAUUCUCCCUGUUUCCAUCAGCCCGCCCCAUUCUCCCUCUUUCCAUCACCCCGCCCCAUUCUCCCGCUUUCCAUACCCCGCCCCAUUCUCCCUCCUUCCAUAACCCCGCCCCAUUCUCCCGCUUUCCAUCACCCCGCCCCAUUCUCCCUCCUUCCAUCACCCCGCCCCAUUCUCCUCUUUCCAUCACCCCGCCCCAUUCUCCCGCUUUCCAUCACCCCGCCCAUUCUCCCGCUUCCCAUAACCCCACCCCAUUCUCCCGCUUUCCAUCACCCCGCCACAUUCUCCCGCUUUCUUUCACCCCGCCCCAUUCUCCUCCUUCCAUCACCACGCCCCAUUCUCCCUCUUCCAUCACCCCGCCCCAUUCUCCCGCUUUCCAUCACCCCGCCCCAUUCUCCCUCUUCCAUCACCCCGCCUCAUUCUACCUCCUUCAUCACCCCGCCCCAUUCUCCUGCUUUCCAUCACCCUGCCCAUUCUCCCGCUUUCCAUCACCCCGCCCCAUUCUCCCGCUUUCCAUCACCCCGCCCCAUUUCCCGCUUUCCAUCACCCCGCCCCAUUCUCCCGCUUUCCAUCACCCCGCCCGAUCUCCCGCUUUCCAUCACCCCACCCUAUUCUCUCCUUCCAUCACCCCGCCCCAUUCUCCCACUUUCCAUCACCCCGCCCCAUUCUCCCGCUCUCCAUCACCCAGCCCCAUUCUCCCGCUUUCCAUCACCCCGCCCCAUUCUCCCGCUUUCCAUCACCCCGCCCCAUUCUCCCGCUUUCCAUCACCCAGCCCCAUUCUCCCUCUUUACAUCACCCGCCCCAUUCUCGCGCUUUCCAUCACCCCGCCCCAUUCUCCUGCUUUCCAUCACCCCGCCCCAUUCUCCCGCUUUCCAUCAUCCCGCUCCAUACUCCCCCUUUCCAUCACCCCGCCCAAUUCUCCCUCUUUCCAUCACCCCGACCCAUUCUCCCACUUUCCAUCACCCCGCCCCAUUCUCCCUCCUUCCAUCACCCUGCCUCAUUCUCCCUCCUUCCAUCACCCCGCCCCAUUCUCCUGCUUUCCAUCACCUCGCCCCAUUCUCCUGCUUUCCAUCACCCAGCCCCAUUCUCCCGCUUUCCAUCACCCCGCCCCAUUUUCCCGCUUUCCAUCACCCGCCCCAUUCUCCCGCUUUCCAUCACCCUGCCCAAAUCUCCCGCUUUCCAUCACCCCGCCCCAUUCUCCCGCUUUCCAUCACCCCGCCCCAUUCUCCUGCUUUCCAUCACCCAGCCCCAUUCUCCCGCUUUCCAUCACCCCGCCCCAUUCUCCCGCUUUCCAUCACCCACCCCAUUCUCCCUCCUUCCAUCACCCCGCCCCAUUCUCCCGCUUUCCAUCACCCGCCCCAUUCUCCCGCUUUCCAUCACCCCGCCCCAUUCUCCCGCUUUCCAUCACCCGCCCCAUUCUCCGCUUUCCAUCACCCCGCCCCAUUCUCCCGCUUUCCAUCACCCGCCCCAUUCUCCCGCUUUCCAUCACCCCGCCCCAUUCUCCUGCUUUCCAUCACCCCGCCCCAUUCUCCCGCUUUCCAUCACCCGGCCCCAUUCUCCCUCUUUCCAUCACCACGCCCCGUUCUCCCUCCUUCCAUCACCCCGCCCCAUUCUCUGCUUUCCAUCACCCCGCCCCAUUCUCCCUCCUUCCAUCACCCCGCCUCAUUCUACCUCCUUCCAUCACCCCGCCCCAUUCUCCUGCUUUCCAUCACCCUGCCCAUUCUCCCGCUUUCCAUCACCCCGCCCCAUUCUCCCGCUUUCCAUCACCCCCCCCCAUUUUCCGCUUCCAUCACCCCGCCCCAUUCUCCCGCUUUCCAUCACCCGCCCCAUUCUCCCGUUUUCCAUCACCCCGCCCCAUUCUCCCGCUUUCCAUCACCCCGCCCCAUUCUCCCUCUUUCCAUCACCCCGCCCCAUUCUCCCGCUUUCCAUCACCCCGCCCUGUUCUCCCUCUUUCCAUCACCCCGCCCCAUUCUCCCGCUUUCCAUCACCCCGCCCAAUUCUCCCGCUUUCCAUCACCCAGCCCUAUUCUCCCUCUUUCCAUCACCCCGCCCCAUUCUCCCGCUUUCCAUCACCCAGCCCAUUCUCCCUCUUUCCAUCACCCCGCCCAUUCUCCCGCUUUCCAUCAUCCCGCCCAUUCUCCCCCUUUCCAUCACCCCGCCCAUUCUCCCUCUUUCCAUCACCCCAACCCAUUCUCCCGCUUUCCAUCACCCCGCCCCAUUCUCCCUCCUUCCAUCACCCCGCCCCAUUCUCCCGCUUUCCAUCACCCCGCCCCAUUCUCCCGCUUUCCAUCACCCGCCCCAUUCUCCUGCUUUCCAUCACCCAGCCCCAUUCUCCCGCUUUCCAUCACCCCGCCCCAUUUUCCCGCUUUCCAUCACCCCGCCCCAUUCUCCCGCUUUCCAUCACCCGCCCAAUUCUCCCGCUUUCCAUCACCCCGCCCCAUUCUCCCGCUUUCCAUCACCCCGCCCCAUUCUCCUGCUUUCCAUCACCCCGCCCCACUCUUUCUCCCCGCAUUCUCCCGAUUUCCACACCCCGCCCCCAUUCUCCCGCUUUCCAUCACCCCGCCCCAUUCUCCCUCUUUCCAUCACCCGCCCCCAUUCUCUCCCUCCUUUCCAUCACCCCGCCCCAUUCUCCCGCUUUCCAUCACCCGCCCCAUUCUCCCCGCUUUCAAUCACCCCGUCCCCAUUCUCCCUCUUUUCCAUCACCCCGCCCCAUUCGCCCGCUUUCCAUCACCCCCGCCCCAUUCUCCUCUUUCCAUCUCCCGCCCCAUUCUCCCUCUUUCCAUCACCCCGCCCCCAUUCUUCCGAUUUCCGUCACCCCGCCCCAUUCUCCCUCUUUCCAUCACCCCGCCCCCAUUCUCCCGAUUUCCAUCACCCCGACCCCCAUUCUCCCGCUUUCCAUCACCCCGUCCCCCAUUCUCCCUCUUUCCAUCACCCGCCCCCCAUUCUCCCGCUCUUUCCAUCACCCCGCCCCAUUCUCCCUCUUUCCAUCACCCGGCCCCAUUCUCCCUCUUUCCAUCACCCCGCCCCAUUCUCCCGCUUUCCAUUCACCCCGCCCCAUUCUCCCGCUUUCCAUCACCCCGUCCCAUUCUCCCGCUUUCCAUCACCCCGCCCCAUUCUCCCGCUUUCCAUCACCCCGCCCCAUUCUCCCGCUUUCCAUCACCCCGCCCCAUUCUCCCGCUUUCCAUCACCCCGCCCCAUUCUCCCGCUUUCCAUCACCCCGCCCCAUUCUCCCUCUUUCCAUCACCCCGCCCCAUUCUCCCGCUUUCCAUCACCCCGCCCCAUUCUCCCGCUUUCCAUCACCCCGCCCCAUUCUCCCUCUUUCCAUCACCCCGCCCCAUUCUCCCGCUUUCCAUCACCCGCCCCAUUCUCCAUCUUUCCAUCACUCCGCCCCAUUCUCCCGCCUUCCAUCACCCCGCCCCAUUCUCCAUCUUUCCAUCACCCGCCCCAUUCUCCCUCUUUCCAUCACCCCGCCCGAUUCUCCAGCCUUCCAUCACCCGCCCCAUUCUCCCUCUUUCCAUCACCCCGCCCCAUUCUCCCUCUUUCCAUCACCCCGCCCCAUUCUCCCUCUAUCCAUCACCCCGCCCCAUUCUCCCGCUUUCCAUCACCCCGUCCCAUUUUCCCGCUUUCCAUCACCCCGCCCCAUUCUCCCUUUCCAUCACCUCGCCCCAUUCUCCCGCUUUCCAUCACCCCGCCCCAUUCUCCUGCUUUCCAUCACCCCGCCCCAUUCUCCCGCUUUCCAUCACCCCGCUCCAUUCUCCCCUUUCCAUCACCCCGCCCCAUUCUCCCUCUUUCCAUCACCCCGCCCCAUUCUCCCACUUUCCAUCACCCGCCCCAUUCUCCGCCUUCCAUCACCCGCCCCAUUCUCCCUCUUUCCAUCACCCCGCCCCAUUCUCCAGCCUUCCAUCACCCAGCCCCAUUCUCCCUCUUUCCAUCACCCCGCCCCAUUCUCCCUCUUUCCAUCACCCCGCCCCAUUCUCCCUCUUUCCAUCACCCCGCCCCAUUCUCCCUCUUUCCAUCACCCCGCCCCAUUCUCCCGCUUUCCAUCACCCCGCCCCAUUUUCCCGCUUUCCAUCACCCCGCCCCAUUCUCCCUCUUUCCAUCACCCCGCCCCAUUCUCCCGCUUUCCAUCACCCCGCCCCAUUCUCCCGCUUUCCAUCACCCCGCCCCAUUCUCCCGCUUUCCAUCACCCCGCCCCAUUCUCCCGCUUUCCAUCACCCCGCCCCAUUCUCCCUCUUUCCAUCACCCGCCCCAUUCUCCCUCUUUCCAUCACCCCGCUCCAUUCUCCUGCUUUCCAUCACCCCGCCCAAUUCUCCCUACUUUCCAUCACCCCGCCCCAUUCUCCCUCUUUCCAUCACCCCGACCUAUUCUCCCUCUUUCCAUCACCCGCCCCAUUCUCCCUCUUUCCAUCACCCCGCCCCAUUCUCCGCUUUUCAUCACCCCGCCCCAUUCUCCCUCUUUCCAUCACCCUGCCCCAUUCUCCCUGUUUCCAUCACCCCGCCCCAUUCUCCCUUUCCAUCACCCCGCCCCAUUCUCCCGCUUUCCAUCACCCCGCCCCAUUCUCCUGCUUUCCAUCACCCCGCCCCAUUCUCCCGCUUUCCAUCACCCCGUCCCAUUCUCCCGCUUUCCAUCACCCCGCCCCAUUCUCCCGCUUUCCAUCACCCGCCCCAUUCUCCCGUUUUCCAUCACCCCGCCCCAUUCUCCCUCUUUCCAUCACCCCGCCCCAUUCUCCCGUUUUCCAUCACCCCUCCCCAUUCUCCCGCUUUCCAUCACCCCGUCCCAUUCUCCCGCUUUCCAUCACCCCGCCCCAUUCUCCCGCUUUCCAUCACCCCGCCCCAUUCUCCUGCUUUCCAUCACCCCGCUCCAUUCUCCCGCUUUCCAUCACCCCGCCCCAUUCCCUCUUUCCAUCACCCCUCUCCAUUCUCCCUCUUUCCAUCACCCGCCCCAUUCUCCCGCUUUCCAUCACCCCGCCCCAUUCUCCCGCUUUCCAUCACCCCGCCCCAUUCUCCCUCUUUCCAUCACCCCGCCCCAUUCUCCCGCUUUCCAUCACCCGCCCCAUUCUCCCGCUUUCCAUCACCCCGCCCCAUUCUCCCUCUUUCCAUCACCCCGCCCUAUUCUCCUCUUUCCAUCACCCCGCCCCAUUCUCCCGCUUUCCAUCACCCCACCCCAUUCUCCCGCUUUCCAUCACCCCGCCCCAUUCUCCCCCUUUCCAUCACCCUGCCCCAUUCUCCCGCUUUCCAUCACCCCGCCCCAUUCUCCCGCUUUCCAUCAACCCGCCCCAUUCUCCCUCUUUCCAUCACCCCGCCCCAUUCUCCCUCUUUCCAUCACCCUGCCCCAUUCUCCCGCUUUCCAUCACCCCGCCCCAUUCUCCCGCUUUCCAUCACCCCGCCCCAUUCUCCCGCUUUCCAUCACCCCGCCCCAUUCUCCCUCUUUCCAUCACCCCGCCCCAUUCUCCUCUUUCCAUCACCCCGCCCCAUUCUCCCGCUUUCCAUCACCCCGCCCCAUUCUCCCGCUUUCCAUCACCCCGCCCCAUUCUCCCGCUUUCCAUCACCCCGCCCCAUUCUCCUGUUUCCAUCACCCGCCCCAUUCUCCCUCUUUCCAUCACCCCGCCCCAUUCUCCCGCUUUCCAUCACCCCGCCCCAUUCUCCCGCUUUCCAUCACCCCGCCCCAUUCUCCCUCUUUCCAUCACCCCGCCCUAUUCUCCCUCUUUCCAUCACCCCGCCCCAUUCUCCCGCUUUCCAUCACCCUGCCCCAUUCUCCCGCUUUCCAUCACCCCGCCCCAUUCUCCCUCUUUCCAUCACCCCGCCCCAUUCUCCCUCUUUCCAUCACCCUACCCCAUUCUCCCGCUUUCCAUCACCCCGCCCCAUUCUCCUGCUUUCCAUCACCCAGCCCCAUUCUCCCGCUUUCCAUCACCCCGCCCCAUUCUCCCUCUUUCCAUCACCCCGCCCAAUUCUCCCUCUUUCCAUCACCCCCCCAUUCUCCCUCUUUCCAUGCGAAAUCCGUACCGCUCUUUUUGCCUUCAAACGGGCCCGCCGCAUGAAGAACCGUCCCCAUAUAAGGGCGUUUGUGAGCCCGGGAAGCUGCGAAAUCCUGUACCGGUACUAA